GUUGAACUGUCCGGCACUUCGGCAGUUGCCGUCAGUUCGUAAUAGUUUGGCGAUCGAUGUUAUAGGCUCUGUACUUCACAUUUCUUCGUCGUUAUUUUAUAAAAAACAGUUUUAUCUAUUAAAGCUACAACCAUGUUUGCAGUGAAACGUGCUUUGUUAUCCAAUACAAUCAAAGAAGCAUUUAGGGCCAAACAUACCCUUCCUGAAUUGCCCUAUGAUUAUAAGGCACUUGAGCCAAUUAUAAGUGCUGAAAUCAUGGAACUUCAUCACUCCAAACAUCAUGCAACUUAUGUGAAUAAUUUAAACGUUGCUGAGGAAAAAAUGAAGGAGGCUGCAGCUAAGGGUGAUGUUAAUACUCAAAUUGCUUUAGGACCUGCAUUGAAGUUCAAUGGUGGUGGUCACUUAAACCACUCAAUCUUUUGGUGCAAUUUAUCGCCGAGUGGUGGUAAACCAGAUGCUGCUCUUGUUAAACAAAUCGAAAAGGAUUUUUGCAGCAUGGAAGAGAUGAAAAAACGCUUAUCAGACAGCACUGUUGCUGUUCAAGGUUCUGGCUGGGGUUGGCUCGGAUAUUGCAAAGAAUCGAAAUCAUUAAGGAUAGCCACGUGUGCUAACCAGGACCCUUUACAGGCUACGACCGGUUUGAUACCUCUUUUCGGUAUUGACGUUUGGGAGCACGCCUAUUAUUUGCAAUACAAGAAUGUUCGUCCUAGUUAUGUGAAGGCGAUUUUUGAUAUUAUUAACUGGAACGAUGUAAACGGUCGUUUCAAGGCAGCUACGGGAUGUUAAAGUGCAUGAUCGCUUAUAGUGACCAAGUUUUGAGAGUAUGAUAUAACAUUGAAAUCAUUUUUUAUGUAGUUCGGGGUUUUUUUUUCUAAAAGAUGACUUCGUAAUUUCGUCCUAAGUAUCAUCUUGUAAAGAUGUCUUAUCGUUUUACUAUACACGUUAUUUCGUAUCAAAUGUACACCUAUCAUGUAAUAAGAAAGAAAUUAACAGUAAA